AUGUACGAGCGUCAAGAACCAAGUUAUUACUCCAUUCUUCAUGUAGAUGAUGAUGCAAGUUCAUCGGUCAUUGUAAAAGCUUAUCGCUCAAUGGCACUCAAGUAUCAUCCCGAUAAAAAUCCAAAUGCAAAACGAGAACAUUUUCAAGCUAUUACCGAGGCAUAUGAAGUACUGUCGGAUCCCGAGAAGCGACGAUUGUAUGACUCUUAUGGCCCUUCAUUGAAGCCAAGAUUGAGUGAAACAUUGUCUCAAUUGGCACCACUGCUUCUCUCUUUUGUAACGGGUUUUGUGGGAUCUAGUGCUCGAGUUUAUAGUAAAUCUGUUAGUGCUCUAGCCAUGUUUGGAUGGGAAGUUUGUCUAAUGGGUGUCGCAGGUAUGUUCUACUGCUACCAUCCAAGUACCAAGGACACCUCCAAGCCAACAAAAACAUCCAACAGAGAGGUUGUGUCUGUUUCAGACUAUGUGACCAUUACCUCCAUGGGACUAUUGAUGGGGAACUUUAGUGGCUGGGCAGCUGCAUCUAUUAUCUUGCUUGGCAAGGCGAUCAUGCAUGGAAGUUAG